ACAACGACGUUUCUGACUAGUACUUGCCCCUGUCAACGACGAUGUGUGGCAGGUUUGCACUGGCAAUGCAGCGAGCUGAGAUCCGUGCCCUGCCGGGUUAUCCCCAGUUGAACGUCCAAGGCUGGGUCGGGGAAGACAACUUCAUGCCGCGUUAUAACAUAGCACCCAAUACUCAAGCACCCGUCAUCCGUCGCACUCCCGGAGAUGCUGCCACGACCAAGAAACCACCAUCAAGCGCCGAGCAGCAGCCUCCAGCUUCGUCUUCAGCAUCGGAGGAACCUGCCGCAGACUCUGGCCCGGUCGACCUCGUUAUGCACACGAUGCGGUGGGGUAUAAAGUACGGCAAGGAAAGGGGGGCACAGGCUAUCAAUGCGCGCUCGGAGAACUUGGUUGAGGGUGUGGGGAUGUGGAAUAGAUUUCGAGGGAGGAACCGGUGCAUCGUCGUUUGUCAGGGAUACUACGAGUGGCAAACUAAAGGCAAGAACAAGCUUCCGCACUUCAUAAGACACUCCUCCGGCGACAAGGUCAUGUUGAUGGCUGGUCUCUACGAGUCUGUCGUCGAGCAAGAUGGCUCUGAACCUACGUACACGUUCGCGAUUGUUACGACAGAUGCCAGCAAGGGGUUGAGCUGGUUGCACGAUCGCCAACCGGUUAUUCUGUCUUCAGUUGAGGAUGUAAAUCGUUGGUUGGAUACGUCGUCUCAGACUUGGUCUGCUGAGCUUGCAAAGUUGCUGCAUCCAUGGGAAGACGCAAAAGCGCCUCUUCAGUGCUACCAAGUGCCAAAGGAAGUCGGAAAGGUCGGGGCAGAGUCACCCACGUUUAUUCAACCACUAUCGACCCGCAAGGAUGGUAUCCAAGCCAUGUUCGCGAAACAGAGGUCCAAGCAGGAAGCCACCACGACAGCAAAACGCAAGCGAGAAUCGAUGUCGCCUGGCAAGAGCGAUGAGCCCCAAACUGACGAAAAGAAAGUAAAACGUGAAUAUUCAUGAAUCAUGAAAUGGGGGGCGGCAAGAUACGCUGAUGAUAUUACCAUGUCUGUAUUUGUGACAAUGAGGGGAUGCAGAUCUGAUUAUGGGAUUGAUGCUAAAAAUUGAAUGGACGUAUCCAAGCAUGCCGUGGCCUGACACCGUACGUUCUUAUGUAGUGCAUCUGACAGUCGAGGAGAGCAGCGCAUAGGAGGAGAGUGCAGGACGAUAAAAGUCGCAAAGCAUGACGCACGGUGAAACGUACUUGAUGUUUGUCACCCUCGAGAGUCAACGUCGAUGUCAGUGUGCCUCUUCAACCAACGCUCCACAACACUCUGCAUGGGACAAGCGCUCGACUCUGCACCUCUGCCACCUUUCUUGUACAUCUCAUCACAACAGAG